UUUCCAGUUUUAUCCUGAGAGAUAAAAGACUGACCAUGUAUGCAGUUGUUACUCAGCAGGACUCAGAUGAGUUGAUGGUGGUAGCAUCAAACUGGUUGAGCCAAGACAAGAAACACUGUUACUGGCCUCCAUUCAAAUCACCAGAGAAGUGCAUGGAAGCUGUUCUGAACAGAAUUAAACCUGAAACUGAAGGGAAACCAUGGGAGAAAUUAAAUAUUAACUUUCACAGGGAAUAUGGCACUUUUGAUGAGGCGAAAGAGGGUCAAAAAGAAAUCAAAGAACAGAAGGAACGACAAAGACUUGAAAGCACUCAAGGAAUGUCAAAACAUCCUCCUGCACCACCUGCAUCUACAUCCAGAAUGUCAGCUGAUGACAAGGAUCAGCUCUUCCAAAUGACGAGAAACAUCAAGAGCAUGGUUCAGGGAAACUCUACUAUGUUAAAGAAACUACUCAAAGACAAAGAAUCUGAGGUCCCCAGCAAUACCAGCAUUCCUUCUAAAGACGAUAAAACAAACCUAAAACUGCCUCUUAGAACGAUUAAAGAAGUGACCAGAACUGAAAGAGAGCUCAACAACACAGAAACACGCAAACAAUAUGUAAAAUAUCUGUCAACACUUGGAGGUUUUGGGCAAAAGGGUGUGAUUAAGAAUAUUAUGCAGCAAGUUCUGUCAGACGAUCUGGCUAUGCAGUUCAACUGGCAUGGGAGAGGAGAUAAAAAGGCUUUCUCUAAGCUUAUUUUAACAGAUGUGAUCAGAGAUGCUGCAUCAAAACAAAGUGUAAUGAGGGCAGACUGUGAAACUGAAAUAAAAAAUUAUUUGCGGUGCAUAGCUGAUCGAAUCAGUCGGAAGAGACCAAGAGAUUGUGGAGGUGUGACUUCAGAUGUGACUUCUCACUGUGCUAAUAUAAAAUCCAUCAGGAAAUAG